GUUUUAUUAAAGUUGUAAGAUGGCGACGGUGCAUUUGAGGAUUGGGGAUCUAGUGUGGGGGAAACUUGGGCGUUACCCACCAUGGCCAGGAAAGAUAGUAAGCCCUCCCAAGGACCUGAAAAAGCCAAGGGGCAAAAAAUGCCAUUUUGUGAAAUUCUUUGGAACUGAAGACCAUGCCUGGAUCAAAGUAGAACAGCUGAAGCCCUACCACGCCCACAAAGAAGAGAUGAUCAAGAUCAAUAAAGGCAAACGCUUCCAGCAGGCGGUGGACGCAGUGGAGGACUUCCUAAAGAAAGCAAAGGGGAAAGAACAGAACUCAGAUGGUAAAGGAGACUCAAAAGGAAAGAAAACACCCAACAAGCCACUUAAAAUACUGGAGGAGGAUGAUGAGGAUCUCAGUGCGCUGAAGGAUCCUUCUGAGAAGGACUUAACAGACUCUGACCCCGAGCCGUCCACUAUUGAGAGGCUGGGGGCUGGACCUGGCUCAGGAUUCAAAUGGGAAAGCAGUCCUGUGAAGGACGACCCACAUUUCCAUCACUUCCUACUCAGCCAGUCUGAGAAGCCGGCCUCAUCGAUGGAGCCCAUUAGCAAGCGGCUGAAGAUCGUAGAGGAGGACACAGGGUCGACAUCUAUCCAAGCAGCAGACAGCACAGCCAUCAAUGGCAGCAUCACACCCACAGAUAAAAGGAUAGGCUUCCUGGGGCUGGGGCUGAUGGGUAGCGGUAUAGUUUCCAACCUGUUGAAAAUGGGUCACGUUGUCACAGUGUGGAACCGCACGGCAGAAAAGUGUGACCUGUUCAUCCAGGAAGGAGCCAGGUUAGGACGGACUCCUGCAGAGGUGGCUUCAAUGUGUGAUAUCACUUUCUCCUGUGUGUCUGACCCAAAGGCUGCCAGGGAUUUGGUGAUGGGACCCAGUGGAGUGCUGCAGGGAAUCAGGCCGGGCAAAUGUUACGUAGAGAUGUCUACUGUAGACCCAGAGACCAUCACAGAACUCUCACAGGUGAUCACGUCGCGGGGUGGCCGUUUCCUGGAAGCUCCGGUAGCAGGAAGCCAGCAGCUCUCUAACGAUGGGAUGUUGGUCAUCCUGGCAGCUGGCGACCGAACGGUUUACGAGGACUGCAGCAGCUGCUUCCAGGCCAUGGGCAAGACUUCCUUCUUCCUGGGUGAAGCAGGCAACGCAGCGAGGAUGAUGCUGAUCCUCAACAUGGUGCAGGGCAGCUUCAUGGCAACCAUUGCAGAGGGGCUAACUCUGGCCCAGGCCACGGGCCAAUCACAGCAGACCUUCCUGGACAUCCUGUGCCAGGGUCAGAUGGCUAGCACCUUUGUGGACCAGAAAUGCCAAAAUAUUUUACAGGGCAACUUUAAGCCAGACUACUAUUUAAAACACAUUCAGAAGGACCUGAGGCUAGCUAUCUCCAUGGGAGACAUGGCCAAUCAUCCAACCCCGAUGGCUGCAGCUGCCAACGAGGUUUACAAGAGGGCUAAGGCACUGGACCAGUCAGACAACGAUAUCUCUGCAGUGUACAGGGCCUACAUUCACUAGAGCGAGGUGUGACUUAUCCUCUGGACCACACAGUCUUUAACCCCUUCUUAUUUCUCCCUCCUCAUCUAACGUCUUUUUUUUUUUUUAAAGUUUUUAUUUUAUUUUGAAAUUCUAAUAGUUUUAUUUCAUUCUGCCCCGUUAGCCGCCCACACAGGGAUCCUAAUUCCUUUUUGUUAGAGGCAACCUUGAGCAUUGCACUGACUUUACAGAGGGAAUACACAUCACACAUA